AUGUCUUCUGUCACCAGCAACACCGGCGCCAACGUACUGGGCGCAAAGGACGCCAACCUACCCGUGGCCGCCGCUGCUGCUCCCAACACCAAGGACUCGUCUGUCAAGAGCAUGGAGUACCACCGCCAGGUUCUACAGUCCAAGAUGGAGGCCCAGCAGUCUGGAACCAACUAUGUCUCCCCGUCGGACGAGAUCAUGUCGCCUUGCACGGCCAAGCUCAAUGCCUUCCGUAACAAGCAGGUUGGCAAGGUCAAGCCCAAGUCCCUCUUCGCCCAAGCGUCAUCUAAGAGGUUGCGCAACAGCAGCGAGGGUCUCUUUGGCCCCAAGGCCGACGCCCAGCCAGCCAACAAGGCAUAG